CGACAGCCCGACAGGUACAUCCACACGGAACGAUAUGAAUGGAGACAGGCAAGUGACGAAUGUGGAGAAAAGAGCCUCGUUCUCCUCCCUCCUUCUCCAGCUACCAAACAUCCUCCUUCAGGCCACCAACAAUGUGCUGCACCUUCCCAUCCUCUUUGACCUCGCCUGGUAUGUGGUGUGGGCUUUCUACAUCGCCAUGGCCCCUUUCUACCUCCUUUGUCACAUCCUCUUCUUCGUGCUCGACACCCUUUUUGCCAUCUACUCGUUCGCACGCCAGGAAGUCAAGAGUCUGAUCCUAUUUAUGAAGGGGAAAAACGGCGAGGCCAGAGAGGAGCGGGCCAUCCUCAUCACGGGCUGUGACUCGGGCUUCGGAUUCGAUUUGGCCAUGGCUUUGGCCGCCGAAAGUUUGGCGUGUCGGGAGGAGGAAAAGAAGGAGGGGAGGAGGGAGGAGCCAAGGGGGAGGAGGUGGAAAGUGUACGCUGGUUGUCUCUCAGCCACGGGCCGUGAGCAGAUAACCCAGAGGGCGCCGGAGGCCGCAGCGCAC